AUGUGCGGGACAGGCCAAGGUGGAUGUGUGAACCAACUCGGCGGGGUGUUCCACAACGGCAGGCCUCUUCCAGAACCCCAGCGGAGGCAAAUCAUCCAACUGGCUUCGGAAGGAGUCCGGCCCAGCCAAAUCUCCAGGAUACUCCGGGUCUCAAACGCAUGCGUGAGUAAGAUCCUGAGCCGGUUCCGCCAAACGGGACUCCUUGGCCCCAGAGCCAUCGGAGGAAGCCGCCCUCGGCUCCUCACCGCUGCGGCCGUCGCUUCCAUCGUCCGGUGCAAGAGAGAGAACCCGUCCAUGUUCGCGUGGGAGAUCCGAAAACUCUUGGCAGCAGGGCGAACCAGCGCGGCCGGCAGGAUCCCCAGCGUGUCAUCCAUCAAUCGGAUCUUGAGGAGGAUCCCUCUGGACCAUGGAGCGAUGAGUCUAGAGGUCAGCGCGCACGGCAGGACGCACCAAGAUGCAGCAUGUGAUGCCAGGCUUCAACCGGACUUGACUAAAAGUGACACCACUAAGAAGCUCCGCCAUCGGAGCCGCACCUCUCUGACCUUGGGACAGAAGCAAACUCUGGAGGAAGAAUUCUCACACGACCACUAUGCAGACAUGUUCACGAGGCGCAGACUGUCAGAGGAGAUCGGACUUCCGGAGGACACUAUAAAGAUCUGGUUCUCCAACAGAAGGGCAAAGAUGAGACGAGAAACUGAAAAGAUCCCUGGCCGUCAGGAGGAGAGGAAGCGUUUAACCUGUGGACCGUCACUGAGUCUCACUUCUCCUCAGAGAUCUGGAGUGAUGAGCCUGGCAGACCCAAAGAGGGACGCGGUUCAUGGACGACCAAGCGGUUUCUCCAGAGACACAGCUCUGGAUUACUCCCAGUGUCCAUCCUCCAUCUGGCACUGGGCCACAGACGGACCGGUGCUGGGACGCCACCCUUUGAUUCCUCACACAGGGACACCUGUGGACACCUCACCUGUGGCCGCUGACGUCAGGAGGCGUGGAGUCCUGGCUCAGCAGGAUCAGAGCGGCUCGCUUCUCUCCCACACCUGGCUCUGA